AUUGGUGGGGAAAAAAAUCUGCCAACGUUUCAAUUAGCUGGACCAAUAACGCGAGGCUGAGCUGGCGAGAAGCGCAUGUGAGAUUCAAAAUGAAACCUGCGCUCUACAACUUGUCAGCACAACGCUGAUGGUUGCAAACGACGCUAUGAGCGAAGGGCUUUCUCUGCAGCCAGUGCGGAGUCAGUUCAGCCCGACUAAAGGAAAGCGCCAGACCCGGGUGAAUGACGAUGUUACACCUGAAGAGAGGGCUGAGACAUUCCCUGACUGUGCAAGAGCCCCGAUUAAAAGACCCAAAUAUCCAAGAUACAGGAAGCAGUGUAGCGUUUCCAGUGGAUGUGAUAGUGGCAUUUGUACUGACGAGUCACCUUGUUCGAGCCCUUCUGAUACAGCGAGCGGUAGCCCCACAAUUCGAAGUAGCUGCUCCUUUGAUGGGCUCGCCACUCAGCUUGAUUGGCAGAUUUUCAGAGAACAUGGGGAGGAUUAUUACAAGUUUAAACGAGAAUCCGAGAAGAAAUUCCAUCCCCGGAACUGUUUGGCUCGGCAGCCUCAGGUAACUGCAGAUGACCGGUGUAAACUCGUUAGCUGGCUGAUUCCAGUUCACAGAUACUUUAACUUUUCUUUUGAAUCGCUGUGCCUCGCUGUAAACAUAAUGGAUCGUUUCCUUCAAACAACACCCGUGGCUUCAGAUUGUUUCCAACUCGUUGGAGUAACCUCGCUGCUUCUUGCGUGUAAACAAGUUGAAGUUUACCCCCCUAAGAUCAAGCAGCUGCUGUCUCUGUGCUGUGAUGCUUUUUCUCGGGAGCAGCUGUGCAACUUGGAGUGCAUCAUCUUGCUCAGGCUCAACUUCGAGCUGACCGCACCUAGCGUGGACUUCUUCUUGGAGUAUUUCACAAAGAAAACCCUGCAGCGCCAACCGCUAGACAGCAGGGUUGUCAGGACUGCCAGGCUGGCCAGGCGCCUCGUCGAGAUCAGUUUGGCCGAUUACUCUUUCAACGGGUAUCCGCCCUCCCUGCUGGCUAUCUCUGCCUUCAGCCUGGCCGAUCGGAUGUUACAUCCCGGCGAAGGGAUCGACCUGGAGUUCAGCGGUUACCCGCCCAAAGUGCUGGAAGACUGUGUGGAGACACUGGAGUUACUGGUGGCUUUGAACAAGGAGUCACUGGCAUGCUUGCAGAAUCCUGAACCGACAAAUAAUCGAUUCAACACUGAAUUAUGA